GGACGGACCAACUGCGACGUUUCUGCCCAGUGACGCAGAUACGUCAGCAGUCGGUAGGCGGAAAAGCGGCUGCGGUGUGUGUGUGUAUGUGUGUGUCUGUAUCUGGAGAUAAAGGCAAACCGGGUGUUUUUAAUAAGGACGUUCAUACGGAGGAUAUAAACAAACAUUCAGCCUGUUAGCCUGCUCCAAUGGCGGUCCCUGCGGCUCAGACAGACGUACAGAUGGACAGAGGCGCGCUGAGCGGACAGACAGUUUCCUCCGAGAACAACAUUGACAUCGACGAGAAAGAGUUGGAGAAUAUCACAAAGAAACACCGACAGGACGAGGCGACGACGCUGCCUCUGCACUCACCUUGGACGUUUUGGCUGGACAGGUCAUUACCGGGCACGACGGCCGCAGAAUGUGAAUCCAACCUGAAGAAGAUCUACACGGUGCAAAGCGUUCAGAUGUUCUGGAGUGUAUACAACAACAUCCCUCCGGUCACAGCCCUGCCUUUGAGAUGUAGCUAUCACUUAAUGCGUGGAGAACGGAGGCCACUGUGGGAAGAAGAAAGCAAUGCAAAAGGAGGAGUAUGGAAGAUGAAAAUACCAAAAGAAAGCGCUUCUGCAGUUUGGAAAGAAUUGUUACUUGCUACUAUUGGGGAGCAGUUUGCAGAUUACUGUGCCUCAGACGACGAGGUUGUUGGCGUCAGUGUUAGCGUUCGAGAUCGGGAAGACGUUGUACAAAUCUGGAAUAGAGAUGCAUCUCUUGCUAACGAAGCAAAUAUCUUGGGGAAAGUCUACGAGCUCCUCCCUUCCAUAUCUUUUAAAGCUGUUUUUUAUAAGUCUCACAUGGAACAUCAUGCCUUUGAAGGAGGACGCUCAAGACAUUAGAUUGUAACGCACUUUUAUUUGAAUUUUAACCUGAACUCUGUACCUGCCUUAUCGCAAAGGCCCCAUCCACAACCUAAUCAAGGAUAUUAUUUUGCAUUCAACGAGGAAAUGUUAUCAAUAUAUUUUUAUAACUUUCAACGACUGAUGCCUUGUUUCAUUUUGGCGUACAGCUCUAAACUCUUCAGAGAAUGUGUAUAUCCAGCAGAAAUCCCAUCCAGAGUUCAUUAGUUCAUGUCGGGUUUUGACUCUGUGCUAUACUGAACUGCACUGUCAUUGCCCUGCUUUCUGCACGGCACGUGGACUUCGAUUUAUACCUGGUGUUGAGGUAGCAGCUACAUAAUCUAGUGUGUUUUAACCCUUCGAUUAUGUAUGAUAUCUCAGUUCAUAUCAUGUUUUUCAUUAAGUCAGCUCACUCGGUGCCAAAGCACUUUUUUGCCGGCGUUUGUAAAUGUCCCAUUUGGUUUCUCGAGACUUGUACCAACUGUACGUCGAACUUAAAUCAGGGUAACACUUGGAAGUAUUGCACAUGGCUGCCUAUUCCAAUCAUUAGUUAGAGUUAUCACAGAUGUGGCCCUUUUUUAUUAUUUCUAAUAGUUUUAUUCACAGAGCAAAGCCCAUCCUGAAAGGUGCCUCUUUGGAUGUUCUCAGCCAUCUCUCUCCGUACACGUACUGAAAAUAGACCCUGUGCUCUGCCCUAAAUGGAGUCAUGGAUUGUUUAGUGUAUUACUCUGAAGAGAUACUGCACAUUUUUGUGCUUAACUAGUGGUGCUCUUUAGUACUUGUCUGUGCUUGUUCCUCUACCACUGAAUCUAGUUUGCUUACUGAACUGUGUCCUUCUAAUCAUAACACCAUAGAGAAAAAUGCAGCAUUAUUUGCUUUAAAGUAACAGGAGGUCACGCUAUUCCCAUAUCCAGCGUGAUUUGUAGACACAACAUAUCAUGAUCUGAUCUCAUUAGAAAAAGUCAAAAUAGACUUUGAAUAGAUUUUAAUAGUCAAUGUAGACUGCUGCUUCACAUACACUUUAAACUAGACGUAACACUGACCUCAGCUAUGUGAUCAUGUCCAUAAUGAUAAGAAGCACCACUGCUCAUAGAGAAAAUAGAAAAAUGUAUUUUUCUAUCAGAUCCCUUUACGAAUCAUCACCCGGUCGGAGUUCCCGUCACUAACACAGUUAACAUGCUUUUGAUUUAUUGCAGUGCAGACUACAGCAAACUGAAUGCUUGUGGUAUUAUUAUCACACCACUUUUAUAGAUCAACUUUGGAUUGGUUGAUAAGUUAGUUAUAAGGGGACGAUAUUUCCUUUGUAAACAUGAUUUUUUGCAGUGACAUGGACAAAGUCAAUAAAAAA